GAUGCAGGAGGGGACUUAAGGCCGCUGGGGACGCUCCGCAUUCCAGGGAACACAGCAGCAAAGCGCCGGGCAUUCCACCAGGACCAACCAUGGGAUAAACCCCACCAAACCCACAACAACCACGCCGUUUGAGGAUCCUACCUUUUUUUUCUCUUUUUGCUACGAUAUUUUUAGUUUCAUCCCGGGACGGCGCUGAUAGCCAAGUGCCCGAUGUUUUGGCUAGUAAGAGGCAAGGCAAAUCUGUGCACAUCUCCGGCGGCACAUCUCCUCCACGGCUCCACAGCCCGUUACGAAAGCAGCUAGCGUCUGAUUAAACCAUGGACCGCGGAUGUUUUACUCAAAUAGAUUUUAAUGCAUAGUUUUGGUGUCUGUAAAUAGCAUAAUGAGGGAGCAGAGAGCAGCAGCAGCACUAGCGGAGGAGACAAUUGCAUGGGAAAUACAUUAAUUUAUGUUUUAUAGGCGGGAUUUCUUACCGUUUUUCAACAUCCUUAUCCUAUUUUGGAUUUAUUUUUGCAUUUACUUGCUCGGUGGCUCGUUUCUACCGUGUUAUUUGGCUUCCCUGGACCGAAUCUCAUCCUUGAACCUCAGCAUCCACACAUCCAUUCAUUGAAGCAGCAGCAGCAGCAACAGCAGUUAACAGUAACGGUAUUUUGGUGCUAGCCCAACCGGCCACGAAGCGCCCCGGGGCAAAAACAUGGGACGUGGGUGUAUUUUAUCUGACUUUAUGUACCGGGGGGAGUCAUGACAGCUAAGCCCAGUUGCGAGCAUGUCUCUCCCGCUGUGUGUCUCUCAUCCCUGGCCCCCCUCCAAAGACUUGAUGCUAACAGCUAGCUAAGUGGCUAACAGCAUCUUUUUAAAAAAACAAUCUUUUUUUUUUAAAUCUAGUGAACCACAAAUGGUUUCCCACAAGGUUUUCGUGGCAAUAAUCCUGCUCAACCUGUACAUAGGCGUGCAGUCGAUUUUUUAUUUGUUUGGAGGUGUGAUUUUAACUGUGCUGUUUGCUAUGGCUUUUUUAAAUGGACCCCGGCUUCUGGACUGGGCGAAUUCACCUCCACAUCUCCAGUUCAAUAAGUACGUCCUGACGGGAUACCGGCCCAUCUCCUCCGUGCAGGAGUGCAUCAAAAGCCUCUUCUACUUGCACAAUGAACUUGGGAACAUCUAUACACACGGCAUCCCUCUGGUCUGCUUCCUGGUGCUGCUGCCUCUGAACAUCCCGUGGUCCCAGAUCGGAGUGACGUGGUUGGGUGUGGUUCACUUCCUGGCCUGUCUGUCGCCUCAGCUGGGCUCCGUGCUGUACCACCUGUUCAUGAACCACGAGGGAGGAGAGCCGGUCUACCACACCCUCCUCAAGCUGGACGUCUGUGGCAUCUGCAUGAUCAACACACUGGGGAUGCUGCCGAUCGUCUACAGCACGCUCCUGUGUUACCCCGUGAUCCGGACCUUGGCUCUGCUCCUCUACAUCCUCCUCUCGACGCACGCCAUCUAUUGCGCCGUCACCGCCCGCAACUCCGUCCGACGCCUGCGCUCCUUCGCCUGGCAGGCACUUUUCCGCUUCUCGUUCUUCAUUCUGCGCUGGGUCGGGGUGGGAGGGGGCAGCCCGACCUCGCUCCGCCAUUUUGUCACCAUGGACGUGCUGGCGGUGCUGGGCGGAGUCAUAAACAUCGCGCGCAUCCCGGAAAGGUUCAGACCGGGUUUGUUUGACUACUGGUGCAACAGUCAUCAGAUCAUGCACGUGCUAGUGGUGGGGUCGAUCCUCUAUCUCCACUGGGGGGUGCUAGACGACUUACUGUGGAUCAAUAACUACAGCUGCCCCACAGACUGACCCCUCCUAAGCAGCCCUUAUGUCCCGAAAUGACAAACUGUAGGACUAAUUAAAAGACAAUAGGACAUGGGGCUGUGCGGAGUUUUAAGGAAUUAAAAGGAGAAACUUAUGCAUGUGUUAGUCUCAGAAUGUCCAUAUCGUUUACUGUCUACUACUCUCCUCCAUCGGGGUACAGGUGCAUACGACGCUAGCAGCAAAAACGUCUCCGAGAAGUUUUCGAAUUAUUCAUCGCUUCAAGGCCUUGUCCAAACUAAGAUUUUUCAGAAAUGUAAAUGAGUAACCAAUCUGCAAACCAAAACACAAAGCUAACGGUUUCAAAAUGACGAAAAUUUAGUGCUGUCCUUUGCGGUAGUGAUUAACAUUUUUUAAGCAAAUAUUAUGUCUUCUGAGUGAGAAAUUUACCUCAAAAUUGUGCGUGAAAGAGGAAGCUGAAACCCACAAAUAUUCUGGCAAAAGAAUGCUCCAACAAGUUCAAAACAUAGUGACUUCUUAGCUAGCUAGCAUGCUACUAUUGAGGUCCUAUGAGUGGAAAGUUGUUUAUUCACACACAAAAUGCUACGGAUUUGGAUUACAUUUAUGAAAAUCGUCAAUUCUGAAUAGCAUUUUAAUUUGGUUAAGAAAGGCAUCAACUCAAAUUGAAUCUAAACAAAUAGGCCAAAAUCGUACUAUCUUGGGAUACAGGUAUAAACAACAUUCAAAACCAAAUGAAAUCAACAAAAUUACGCAAUAGAUAUACAUGCGUUUUUUAAAAUUAUUAAUUUAUUUAUUUGUGCUGCGUCAAGAAUUGUUGUCAGCCUAUGGUCCCGUGUUGCGUAACAAGGAGUUAGAGAUUAGGGAGUAGGUUUUGUUUGAAAUCGAAUACCAGCACAAGUACUUCACUACAAGUGCAAGUGGUCAAGUCAAGUGGUUGCUAGGAUACAUAUUUCUAGAUGUUUAUUUAUUCAGUCUUUCUAUUUCUGAUCAGAUGGACCUACUCACAAUUGGCCAAAUAGUUCUUCACACGUUAGCUACCCAGGCUAAAACUAACUGUAACUUUUUCUAAUGAGCAGUCACCGCAUCCUGCUUGUCUCUAUGGAGAUGUUAAUGCUUCGCCCGGGAUGUUCCGCAGUAUAGCUUUCGACUUGUCUUCCUGUCUGUUCUCAGCAAAUACCUUGCCCUGUCGCUAAGCCCAUCCCGAACGACGCCAAUUUCAAUUUCAAUUCAUUUAUGAUUUUAUUAACAUAUAUAAAGGUGCACACUAUGGAACAUUCUAGGCAAACCAAGAACAUAUCCAUGGAGAAAAGCAGGUAUCCGCCACCAGAAAGGUUACAUAGUUCACCUUUAAAGAACAUAUCUGACUUCUGGACACCUUGAAAGCUUCCUGUAUCCUUCUUGUGAGAUUCUGUCCAUUGAUUUUAACUGGAUGUGUCUCAUUGUCACUUUGCUGCUGCUUCAGGUGAGAACAAGUACAGGAGGCUGUCGGAGCUGGUAUCAAUAAAGCAGCACCGCAAAAAAAAAAAACUGCUUUAGUUAGUGAGUAAAACUAAACAAAAAUCACUUAAAUCCACAAAGUUAAAUGAAAGUGAUAUGGACUUUCUGAUUUCAAUAAAUAGGCUCAGUGCACAACAACGCCCGGCAACCUCACUAUUAGCAUCACUACUUCCUGUCCAGUUUUGUCUCCAUGAGGUUUUUGCCGAGUCACGCUAAAAUGAAUAAAUAUUUAAAGAUCAGGCAGUGGACAGGGAGCUGCACGUGGAUGUCACUGAUGACAUGUUAAACACUACACAAAUAAAUUAAA